AUGUCUGAGAAAAUUCUAGAUGAAAUCUCCCACAGGAGGUUCAAUCCUCUGACGAACAGUUGGUUACUCGUUUCACCCCACAGAACCAAGCGUCCCUGGCAGGGCCAGCAAGAGGCUGCUGUCGCAAACAAGCUGCCCGACUAUGACCCCAAGUGCUACCUGUGCCCUGGCAACCCGCGAGCUGCCGGCGACACCAACCCCAAAUACGAGAACACAUUCGCAUUUGUGAACGAUUACAGCGCCGUUAAGGAGCAGCAACCCGAGUAUGAGCAUCACCUCAUCCAGCUCAGACAGGAAAAUGACCGUCCAGAUCUUGAGGCCUCACUUCUGAAGGCAGAGGGUGUCAAGGGCGUCUGCUAUGUCCUGACAUUUUCACCGAAGCAUCACCUUACCCUCGCCGACAUGUCUGCCAAGGAAACACUGCCCGUCAUUGACCAUUGGACGCGCAUCUACGCCAAUCAUUUGGCUGCUUCCAACCCAUUGAAGGAGCUCGUUGCCAAGGUCAGCCUCUCCGUCUCACAGGACGAAGCGCCUACUCCGAAGGACGAGUAUCGGUAUAUGCAGAUCUUUGAGAACAAGGGUGCAGCGAUGGGAUGCUCCAACCCGCAUCCUCACUGCCAAGUUUGGACCACUUCAAGCAUGCCGGAAGAACCUGGGAAGGAGAUGGAUGCCAUGGCCAAGUAUCGAAAGGACCACGGCGGACGUCACCUUCUGGCCGACUAUGUCAAGCUUGAGCUUGCCAAGGCAGAGCGCGUCGUAUGGGAGAAUGACACCUUUGUUGUGAUCUGCCCCUGGUGGGCUGUCUGGCCAUUCGAGGUCAUCAUCAUCCCGAAGCGUCACGUCCGCUGUCUGCUGGAUUUCACCGAUGCUGAGCGCCUGCAUUUCGCCGAGGCGAUCCAGGAGGUGACGCGACGAUAUGACAACCUCUUCGAGUGCAGCUUUCCCUAUAGCUCCGGCAUUCACCAAGCUCCGCUGAAGGGGACGCAGGAGGAAAUCGACAACUCGUAUCUCCACAUGCACUUUUAUCCACCACUGCUGCGUUCCGCAACAGUGAGGAAGUUCUUGGUGGGCUAUGAACUGAUGGCUGAGCCACAGAGAGAUAUUACCCCCGAGCAGGCAACGGUGCGGCUUCGCAACUGUGGAGGGGAGCUCUACCGGAAGUCCUUGUCGUAAGGCGCCAUAGCAAUGUACAGAUUCUUUUUCCCUUAUCUAUACUAAUUGAACUGAACAUAAGAGUCCCUGACCAUGGGCAUCCAGAUGCAGCCCAGAGUCGCAAAGAAAAAUGGGAAGAACUGCGGCA